AUGAGCACCCACCACCGGCAGAAGCGUGGGCGACGAGGGGGUCCUGGCCAUCGACCCGACCACCGUCCUCCCGGGCUGGUGAGCGGGUUAGCCGAGCAGCCCGGGCAGCCGCUGCCGUCGCCCCGCGUGUCCAUGUCGUUCAACACGCAGCCCGGUCAUCCGUUUGCGCCUCCCCCGUUCAGACCGGGGGCGCACACCCGCCAAGAGUCGAGCUUCCAGUCGCACGCCUUUCCUCUCCCAGGCAUGUAUCCGUGGUCCACUCCGCCUAUCCCCUCGACCCCAGUCAAGCCUAGCCCCUUGGGAAACAACUCGACCACUGCUUCUGCUUCUGCCUCCAAGUUUGGUCCUGCUCCAUAUCAACCCCAAGGCAACGGCAACGAGCCUCGAGGAUCAGUCCACCAGCGCAGUCCCCCCACCCACUCGCAAGAGUUACCUACAAAACGCCAGCGACACCGCCAGGUAGAGAACGGUAUAGGUUUGGGACGCCCUUCCAGGCUCUCCAUCUCGGUGACCGCCAGCCAGGCGGCCAAGGCUGCUAGGAGCGCUACGGCUCCAGGCGGUUCUGCGGUCCCAGUCCGACAGCCCUUUGGCCCAUCGAACCCCUCGGACGGUCCUCCGCCCUUCGCCAACGGUGCACGGAGAACCUGGGCUCUCGACCCCUCAGCUCGCGCCACUCUCGGUCACUUCCCGCACUCGUCGCUGUCGCUUCCUCUGUCCGGCCAGCCGCUUCCACGACACGGAGCAAGACAGUCCGUGUCAAAUCCCGGUGGCGCAUUCUUCGGACCGAGGAAAACGCACACAUCACACCUUUCACGGUCCCACGAGCGAACCCCGAGCAUUCCACACAGGGUUGGACCUCCACCCAAAGCGAUCCUGGGUGGACCGGGCGGUAAGACAUUUGAGGAGCUCCGUGUCCCAUCACCUGCUCGCCCUGCACCUGCACCCUCUAGCCCAACCGCGGCCGCUUCUUCCGACCUUCCACGUCCAUCUUCACCGUCGGCAGCUCCCAACGGUGACACCAUCAGCAGCCCCCCGAAGCCGACAGCCAAGGAGCCCUUUGAUGUCAAGCACGGCGGGACGACGGUGCGUGUGGCGCUGCCCCCUGACGUCUACGACCCGCCCGACACACCUUUGGAAGAAGUUGCCGAAGACUCUGAGGAGGCGGACGGUGCUGAGCUUGCUGAAGACGAUACUACUGUGACGCAGGACGGCGAAGCUGAGGUCAAGGAACUGGACGCUGCGUCUGACUCGGUACUUGCAGCGGACGAGAAAUCUGGAGAGGACGGAGAACCAGGUCAAGAUACCGAGACUGGUGAAGAGGCGAAGGACCCUGGCUCCGACGACAACGCCAAAGAGGCCACCGAGACAACUGAGACUAUCGAGAAGCCCGUCCGGCCCUCGAAGCCGCCUCGGAAGGAGGCAUUCCCGUGGCCUGAGCGAAAGGUUGCCUCGCCCAAGAGUAUCCCUCUGCCGCCGUCGCCUCUCGACGAGGAGCUCGAAUUGAGCGACAUUGAGAACUGGGUCGCGCACGACACUCCCCACGGCUCCAUCGAUAUCACGUCGUCUUGGAACGGCAAGGCCGUCAAGGUGUCGAUGCCACCGGCAUUGAGGGCCAAGAGUAUGUCUCCGGGUUCGACGGAGCCCUCAGCUCUGUACGAGGAUGCCGUGGACCAGGUCGAGCUGGCGCUGGACGUGGAGAUGCGCGAAGCGACUCCUCCUGAGAGCGACGAAUCCGCCGAGCCGGCCGAUCCUGGCACCGCACGUUCCCUCCCGACGCACCUGAGGAGCGAAUCGAUGCAGAGCAACGCCACCGCCACGGGCUCAGACGCAGACAGCAGUACGAUGCCUUCGCAGUCCCAGCGCCGCCACACGAAUCUCAGCCUCAGCAGCAACCCCUUCUUACAGCGCUCGUUAGGCGGCAUCCUGCGCGGCGACGGGCGCGAGAACCGCUCCAAUGCCCCGUCCCCCGUCAGUGCAGCGUUCCCGCAGCGUGGAGAGCUGCCCGACUGGUAUCACGACCCGACGAUGCAGAACACGCCCUCGCCCAGCCAGUCCAACUUUAUCGGCUCGCAGGGAUUCCCACAGGACGGGUUCCCGCAGCAGGGCUUCUUGCCCGACUGGCCCACGGACAUGCUGCCAAAGGCGGAGGUGGUUGGAGGGAAGGAGGCAAGUCCAGAGCCCGAUGCUUCAGAGGAGGGAGAGGGCUGGGGCACGCCACAGUCUACACCUGGCAAGGAGCACGGACACUCUGCAACGAAGACAGAGACAGAAAUUUCCGAGUCACUCUGGCCAUCGACGUCGGCGUCAAAGGCUGACGAGGAGCCGUCCGCAUCUCCGACCUCGACUGCGUCGACCGCUGACGACAUUGUUGUCUCUGUCCAGGUGACGAGUGGCCCUCCGAAGGAGCCGUCCGCAAACACGGAUGAUCGUACCGUCACUGAGGAAAAGGAUCUCAUCAAGCUUGACUCGGACACCCCCAGCUCCGACACCAAGACCCGCGAAAGGCCUCGGCCCAAGGUCGCCACUGGCUUCUUGCAGCGCCAGCUGCAGAGUAUCAUGCGGUCGGACAAGUCCAAGGCGAAGCCGCCCCCUGCUCCCACUGCUCCUGCUCCCACACAGGAGGCUGAGGCGUCGACCUCUCCAGACGUUCCGCCGACGCCCCCGCCCACUCAGGAGUAUAACGCUGGCUUGGAGCAGACCUCUGCGAAAGAGGAACGUGAGAAGAUCGACGACCGUCAGGGAUCCGACUCAGACUCGGAGAACAAUGACGGAGGUGAUGAGAGCUACAGCCUCGAUGGCAGCGACGGUGAGGAGGACUUCGUUGACAGCCCAUCCAGCCCGUUCAAACCCUCUGAUGGGCAGGACGGAGAAAUGAACGGAGACGACGCACCGCGCCACAACAACCCGAGCUUUAAGAGUCUCUCGCCCAUCGGCAAGCUGAAGCCGAGUGCCUCUGUCUUCGUCCCCAGAGCUGUCGUUACUUCUCCCCCGCGGAUGAUGCCCAAGGUUGAGGCGCCGCAGCCUGAGCAGCGACCACCUUCUGUCACUUCGUCCGCCUUCACAUUCGGCUACCCAUCGACCGUUGAGCACCGCAAGCUCUCGCUGGCCUCAACCGCCAGCCCGCGAAACCCAUCCAAGGUGCUGGCCUCGCUCCCUAUUCUGCAGCCCUCUGCCCCGGCGUUCAAGCCAACGGCGCCUGCCUUCCAGCCCAGCGCUCCCGUCUUCCAGCCAGGUGCACCUGCGUUCCAGCCGAGUGCGUCCGUCUUCCAACCAGGGGCGCCCGUCUUCCAGCCCGCCGGCACCGGCUUUGGCGCGUCUAAUCCCCAGACCGCCGGAACUGGUGGCGCCCUCGGCCUCUUCACCUUCACUCACAACCUGCGUCCAACUGCCGCCGAGUUCCGCCCCAACGGUGUUCGCCUGGGAGCCUCGCCUCUGCGCCAGAACGCGUCUCUUAAGCCCCACCCUCCCGAGCUCGACUUGUCAAAGGCGGACCCGACCUCGAAGCCCUUCGAGCUCGGCAGCGCCUUCUUCCCUAGCAAUGAGGGCAAGCUGGAGUUUGGCAACGGCGAGGUGUCCCUUCUCAUGCGCGAAAAGCGGCCGGUCAAGAUCGAGCGCCCCGAGCCGCCUGCUGCACUGCUCCCUCGUAGGGACCCCGCGUCGCCCAGGCAACUCAGCCAACGAGAACGUGAUUCGAUGUCCGAGGCUGCCGUCUCUGACGAAGAUCGCGAGUCGCCCCGCCGCCGCAAGCACACCGCUAAGAGGUCGUCGCAGAACUCGUACCUCCCGAAAGCGGCCAACUUCCCGAAGACCCCGGCUUCGCCUGAGAAGAAGGACGACGUCAACAUCUACCCGUCGCAGCCUAUCAAAGCCCCCGCUCGUGCUGAGCCAGACACGCCGUCCGCGUCGACCCACCAGAAGCGGCCCAGCCUGAACCCGACAGCUAAGCCGUUCGUCUUCGGUCAGGGCUCUUUCUCCUCGCCCGCCUCAACGCAGCUGCCUGACGGCAAUGGCUUCUCGGGAGCGAGCAAGCGCGCCGCAGGUGCCGGGGUUCAGGUCGCCGACGCGUCGCGGUUCCGCUCGUGGGUCUUCCCAACCUCGGCUAGCAACUCGUCAGCCGCCAAGUCAACGCAAAAGCGGCGUCACUCGGACUCCGACCACAGCCGGAGCAGCAGUGGCGGCUACGAUGACCGAUCGUCGGCCGCCGACAUGCACGGUCUGGAUACUGCGGCCGUCGAAGCGAUGCAGCGUGACAUGGACGGCGGCGACUGGUCCGACUGGCCGGGCAGCCCGCCCAGGAUGAGCCAGCUGCGUCCUGUUCAGACUGGCGAGUCUGUCGAGUUCCCGCUGCGACGCGAUUCGGGACAGGCGAUCGAGGUCAUUAAGCCGACGAACGACACGUCGUCGUCCAACUCGCCUCUGUCGACGGCGUCUGACGUCGCCAUAGAGCAGGGUCUCGCUGCUGAGAUCCUCGACAAGCUCGACUCGCUCGAGCAGCAACUCGCAUCCGUGAAGGAGGAGAAUGAGCGUCUUCUUGAGGAGGCGUUCGAUCGUGUCGAUGUCGCGCACGAGUCGAGUGCGCUGACAACAGACAACCUGCCGACCUCGACCCGGGCAUUAGAGAACGUCGCAGCCGUCCUGACAUCGCACAGCACGCUGCUGAAGGAGAUCCAGACGGCGAUCAACGACAACCUGAUCGCGGAUGAGGGCAGCUCGCGUGACUCAUCGCAGUCCUCCGUCGCGGAAGGCGACACGACUCUCGUCAACACCAACACGCUGAACACGACCGCAAUCCAAGAGCUCCUAACUUCUCUGCAAGCGGGGCAGAAGGCGAUGAUGGACAAGAUCAGCCUUUCCGCGCAGAGCGCGACGAUCGCCGAGCUGCGCGAGGUGAAGGCGGCUCUUCUGGACCUGCGCGCGCGAGAAGCCGAGGCUGACGACGCAAAGGCGAAAGAGAUUGCAGAACUGAAGGCCAUCCUGAAGGAGGAGCGGUCCCGGCGCGAGCUGGCAGACAGCAAGGCAGCCGUGCUCAAGUCGCAGGUCGAGACGCUCCGCCAGCGCCGCGACUCGACCGAGGACGCGUGGCGCACCUCGCUCCUCACCGAGGUCACGACGGCGAGCGCAAAGGUCAAGAUCAUCCAGGCGUCUGAGACUGAGGCGCAGCAGGAGCUCGUCUCCCUGCGACAGGAACUGAGCAAGCAGAGCGAGCUUCUCAAGGCUAUGAAGGAGGAGACAGCGAAGCAGAGACACGACGACGCGACUCUGCUGCAGAAGGAGAUGGCGUCGUUCCACUCGUCCUUCUUUGAGCGGCUCGACAGUCUCACUAUUUCUGGCGACCCGAAGCGCGUACAGGUGCUCGAAGCAGAACUCUCUGCGGCCAAGGAAGAGGAGGAGACCUGCACCCUCCGCGUCGAACUCGCGGAGGCGAAGGCGAGCAUAGCCCUGGAGCGCGAGAAGGGUCUCCGUGCGGGCGAGAACCACGCUACCGAAGCACGCACGCUCGACCUGCAGCUCAAGGCCGAGAAGGCGCGCGGCUCCUACCUCGAGAGCAAGGUACAGAAGACGACCGCAGAGCUGGCAGCCCUCACGCAAAACCUGGACGUGUGGCGCAGUGCCGCUCUCGAACAGCGCCUGCGCGCAGAGCAAGGCGCCGUCCACAUCGCGGCCAUGCAGCAGGAGAACUUCCACUGGCGCGAGUUUGCACUCGGCGCAGACAGGCAUAGGCUGGAGCAAUGGCUGUCCACGCGGCCGUUCGAGGGUCUCGACCACCUCACGGUCGCAAAGGCGGCGCCGAGCGUCGUGUCCAGCGAUACGCCUACGCCAAGGGCGCCGGCAAAGACCGCGCUUCCAGCCAAGGCUGGUGUCGCACCCCCCGUGCCGAGUAAGCAGGAUGGGCCACCCGUUCCUCCGAAAGGAGCAGUGACGCCCAAGGCUACCCCGAGAGCCGCACCGAGGAUUGUGGAACCCUCCGCGUGA